AUGUGUUGCGUUUGCCAAAAGGUCAACCUCCCAGCUAGCACAGCAGAAGGAUAUAUCUCAAACUGUGGAACAAAAGAGUGGAGUAGGGAGAGCAGGGAUGCGAAAAUUUUUGCUUUCAGUUAUCGCCAACCUGGGAAGCUAAAAACAACCGACAAAGUCUAUCAGAACAUCAUGGUGGUGAUUGAUUGGGGUCGAAACAACGACACGUUAUUAGUGAAACAUCACGGACUUCCCGAGGCCAUUGCUUCUGGUCAAGGGGCAGUUCACAUCAAGGUUAUGGCAACGGACAUGCGAAAGACUACAUUACCACAAAGCUCUACCGCCUUUCAUCCUAAAACUAAUGAGCAAUUAAAAUAUUCGAACCAAAUUCCCAAACAGUACUUUCAAUCUUACGUCUCAUUCCAUCGGAAUCAUGCCCCGCUCCUUGGAACAGAAAGUAGCGCACUGUAUUUGACGCCUUUGGGAAGACAUACCCAAAUGGGUAAUGAACCUACCAACUCGUUGUAUAUCUGCUCAAGACCCGUAUCAAGUUGUCCUCAAACGUAA